UUAUUAUUAUCCUCUCAUCCAAGACGGAUAAUAACAAACUAACAAGUGGCAGCCCAAAUGCCAAACCAUCACUUCCCCCUUCAAAUCCCUUCUCUCUAGUUUCUCUCUCAUCAACCUCCACCAAAAAUGGCGGCCGCCGCACCUUCUUUAUCACUCUCCGCCACUCUCUCCGCCGCAAAUCCCACCUCGAGAACCCCAUUUUCACCCACCCGCAAAAGUCCCGUCAUCUCGAGAAGAGAAUUCUUGAUGGGCUCGUCAAUGGCCGUGGGGGCGCCCCUCGUGAUUUCUCCGAUUUCGCCGGUCACGGCGAAAGAGGUCGAGGUGGGGUCCUACCUCCCGCCGUCUCCGGCCGACCCAUCUUUCGUCCUCUUCGCGGCCACUCCCAAGGACACCCCUGCUCUUCGUGCGGGAAAUGUACAGCCCUACAAGUUCAUCUUGCCCCCGAGUUGGAAACAAAUGCGUGUAGCUAAUAUACUUUCGGGUAACUAUUGCCAGCCUAAAUGUGCCGAGCCAUGGGUUGAGGUGAAAUUCGAAGACGAAAAACAGGGGAAAAUCCAAGUGGUGGCUUCUCCCUUGAUUCGACUGACGAACAAGCCAAACGCGAAUAUCGAAGAUAUAGGGAGCCCGGAAAAAGUCAUUGCUUCUCUUGGUCCGUUUGUCACUGGUAACACGCUCGACCCUGAUGAGCUUCUAGAAACUUCUAUUGAAAAACGAGGAGACCAAACGUACUACAAAUAUGUGCUCGAGACUCCAUACGCUCUCACAGGAACACACAAUCUCGCAAAGGCAACAGCAAAAGGAAGCACUGUGAUUCUCUUUGUCGCCAGUGCAAGCGAUAAGCAGUGGCAAUCGUCCGAGAAGACUUUGCAAGCCAUACUCGAUUCUUUUGAGGUGUAAAUAUUGCUGCUAGAAAUUGAAGUUUAAAGUCACACACUUGUGGACUUUUUUCCUUUUUUCUUUUCUUUUCUUUUCUUUUCUU